AUGCGAUUGAAAAAUGGCGACAACUUCAAGCUUAUCCAUGACCUGGCAGGCAAUAUGAACGCUGCAGUGGGCGCUUUCAAAGCUGCUGUUGAUGCAGGCUUUGUCCCUAAUGAUUUGCAGGCUGGACAAACUAGCAAGACUGUGGCUCCUGAACUAUACUUUGCAGUGGGCGUAUCAGAAGCCAUUCAACACCUUGCUGGGAUAAAGGACAGUAAGACUAUUGUUGCAAUUAAUAAGGAUCCUGAAGCCCCAUCUUCCAGGUCACUGACUGUGGCUGUGUGGCUUUUCCAGUGUUAA